CCGACAGCCCGUCCCUGCCAACCCUGCGCUUCCCGGGGCGGAGAUGGGAGAUGGCGCCCGUGCUGCCCCUGGCGCUGCCGCUCCAGCCCCGCAUCCGGCUGGCGCAGGGGCUCUGGCUCCUGUCCUGGGUGCUGGCGCUGGCCGGUGGCCUCACCCUCCUGUGCAGCGGGCACCUCCUGGUCCAGCUGUUGCACCUUCGCACCUUCCUGGCCCCCUCCUGCCCGUUCACGGCCCUGCCGCAGGUGGCCCUGGCCGCGGGAGCCGUGGCUCUGUGCAGGGGACUGGGGGCCCCCCUGGUGGCUGGCACGGCUGGGGGUGGCGGGCUGCUGGUCCUCGCCCUGGCGCUAGCCUUAGCUCUCCCUGGAAGUCUGGACACGGGGCUGGAGGAGGGCCUGGGCGCUGCCAUGGCUCACUACAAGGACACGGAGGUGCCUGGGCACUGCCACGCCAAGCGGCUGUUGGAUGAGCUGCAGCUGAGGCACCACUGCUGCGGGCGCCAUGGGUUCAAGGAUUGGUUUGGGGUCCAGUGGGUCAGCAGCCGGUACCUGGACCCCAAUGACCAGGAUGUGGUUGACCGCAUCCAGAGCAAUGUGGAAGGCCUGUAUCUGACUGACGGAGUCCCUUUUUCCUGCUGCAACCCCCACUCACCCAGGCCUUGCCUGCAAGACCGGCUCUCAGAUCCCCACGCCCACCCCCUCUUCGAUCCCCGUCAGCCCAACCUAAACCUCUGGGCUCAAGGAUGCCACGGGGUGCUGCUGGGGCACCUGCAGGGGCUGGCGAGCACACUGGGCAGCCUGCUGGCUGUCACCUUCCUGCUGCAGACACCGGUGCUCCUGGGCCUGCGGUACCUGCAGACGGCACUGGAGGGGCUUGGAGGAGUCAUCGAUGGGGCAGGGGAGACCCGGGGCUAUCUCCUGCCCGGGGGGCUGAGACACAGGCUGAGAACAGCCUGGCUGCAGGGAGGGGCUGCCCACAGGCCAGCACCCGGGGAGGCCCCUCCAGAAGAGGCACCGCCUGGGGAGGAUCCACCUGAGGCCUAGUGGCCUGGAGCUGGGGCUGGGGGUCGGGCAGAGGGAGAAGAGGUGGAGAAGCAGGAAACCUCACAACUCUUUUGCCAAGGCCCCUGGUGGGGAAGUUGUGUGUGUGUGUGUGGGGGGGGGGGCGGGUCCCUGGGAUUAGAGCGUUUAAGAAUAACUAGCAAGCUGGACGGGGUAGGAGAAAAAACGAGGGGUCCGAGGGCCUAGCCCCUGUGGCCAGAAACAGAAAUCCCAGGAGGUGGGCAAGCCGCAUGGGCAGCUGCUUCCCUGCCGACUCAAGGAGCUUCCGGACUGAAGCCGCUGGUCUCCUCCUCAGGGCGUGGGUCCCUGAGAGAAUGGCUUUCUGUCUGAGAGAGAAGCCAGGAGGCCAACGUUUUGACCCCGGUGAGAAUCAGAACGCAAGAAACAGACUAAUAAAACGAAAAUGAGAGGCCCCUCCA